AUGACGACCAACAUCGGGGUGGGGUUCCGCUAUCCCGCAACCCAGCAAGACAUGGAUGAUUACGAGUGCGACGGUGGCAACAGUUCGUCCCGACUUUUCGAACGAUCACGCAUACGAGUCCUAGCAGAUGAGCGUGAAAACGUGCAGAAGAAGACGUUCCAGAAAUGGGUGAAUUCGCACUUGGUGAGGGCCCAUCUGCGGAUCACUGAUCUCUACGGGGACAUGAGAGACGGCAAGAUGCUGAUGAAGCUGCUGGAAAUACUGUCCGGAGAGAGAUUGCCUCGGCCGACGAGGGGCAAGAUGCGCAUCCACUGCCUGGAGAACGUGGACAAGGCGCUGCAGUUCCUGCGGGAGCAGAGGGUGCACCUCGAGAACCUGGGUUCACAUGACGUGGUGGAUGGGAACCCACGUCUCACCCUCGGACUCAUCUGGACCAUCAUUCUCCGCUUCCAGAUCCAAGACAUCACUAUCGAAGAGGUGGACAACCAGGAAACCAAGUCCGCCAAGGACGCCCUCCUGCUCUGGUGCCAGAUGAAAACGGCCGGAUAUCCCAACGUCAAUGUCCGCAACUUCACAACCAGCUGGAGGGAUGGGCUGGCCUUCAACGCCCUCAUACACAAGCACAGGCCGGACCUGAUCCAGUAUGACAAGCUGUCCCGAUCCAACGCCAUCUACAACCUCAAUCACGCUUUUACCGUGGCCGAGCAACGCCUCGGACUCAUGAAACUUCUCGACGCCGAAGAUAUCUUCGUGGAGUAUCCCGAUGAGAAGUCCAUCAUCACCUACGUGGUCACCUUCUACCACUACUUCUCCAAGAUGAAGCAGGAGACGGUACAGGGACGUCGAAUCGGAAACGUUGUUGGACAAGCAAUGCAGAACGAGAAGAUGAUCCGGGAGUACGAGACAUUGACGUCAGAUUUGCUCAAGUGGAUUCGACAGACGAUCUCUGCGUUGUCGGACCGCAAGUUCGCCAACUCGCUUUUCGGUGUACAGCAACAGCUGUCCGCUUUCAGUACCUACAGAACGGUGGAGAAGCCUCCAAAGUUCGUUGAAAAAGGAAACUUGGAGGUUCUCCUCUUCACCAUCCAGAGCCGACUGAGGACGAGUCACCAACGUAUGUAUUUUCCUCCAGACGGCAAGAUGAUCUCAGACAUCAACAGGGCGUGGGACCAACUAGAGAAGGCCGAGCACGAAAGAGAACUUGCUCUCAGGGAGGAACUCAUCAGGCAGGAGAAGUUGGAGCAGCUGGCUUCCCGCUUCGACCGCAAGUCGGGCAUGCGCGAGGCGUGGCUCAGCGAGAACCAGCGCCUGGUCUCGCAGGACAACUUCGGCUUCGACCUGGCCUCGGUGCAGGCCGCGGCCAAGAAGCACGAGGCCAUAGAGACCGACAUCCGUGCCUACGAAGAGAGGGUGCAGGCCGUGGUGGCAGUGGCCCGUGCGCUAGAGGAGGAGAACUACCACGACGUGGCCAGGAUUCAGAGCAGGAGGGACAAUGUUCUUCGUCUCUGGAACUACCUGUUGGAGCUGUUGAGAGCUCGUCGGACAAGAUUGGAAGACUCCCUCUCCUUGCAGCAGACAUUCCAGGAAAUGAUCUACAUCUUAGACAACAUGGAAGAAAUCAAGAUCCGACUGCUGACUGAAGAUUCCGGCAAGCAUCUAAUGGGCGUAGUUGACCUGUUACAGAAACAUAGUCUAGUGGAAGCCGACAUCAAUGUUCUUGGGGAGAACGUCAAAGCCAUGGUUCAACACUUGCAGUCCUUCAUCAGCAGCAACACUAGCACAGGUUACCAGCCAUGUGACCCGCAGUACAUCCAGGAGCGCGUUCGCCAGUUGGAGGCCGCCUUCUCAGAGCUAGUCCGUCUCGCGGAGGACAGACGCCUCCACUUGGUGGAGGCUCGGAAGCUGUGGCAAUUCUUCCGAGACGUGGCAGAAGAAGAAGCCUGGCUCAAGGAGAGGGAAAGGCUGUUGUCCUCCGGGGACAUCGGGCACGACCUCACCGCCAUACACCAUCUCAUCGCCAAAAACAAGGCUUCCGAGGUUGAACUAAAGCAUCGAGCGGACCAGAUAGAAGCUGUUCUCCAGACAGGAGAGGAACUGGUGGCAGGUGGUCACUUCUCCUCGGACAGCAUCGUGCAGAGGAUCGGCGAGAUAAGGAGCAUGCUCGAGAGGCUUUCGCAGUUGCAGAGGCAGAGGAUGAAGAGACUCACUGAUGCUGUGGACUACCACCAGUUCUUCACAGACGCAGAUGAUGUUGACACCUGGAUGUUAGACACACUCCGUCUUGUAUCCAGUGAAGACAUUGGUAGGGAUGAAGCCAACGUCCAAUCGCUACUCAAGAAACAUAAAGAUACAACAGACGAGUUGAAGGGUUUUGCCAAUACUAUCGACUCUUUACAUCAACAGGCUGGUGCACUGGGGGAUGAGGACCGCAGUGCUCCAGAGGUGCUAGAUCGUUUAUCCAGCAUCGAUCGCCGCUACAAGGAACUGCUAGAACUAGGCAAGCUCAGGAAGCAGAGAUUGUUGGAUGCCCUGUCCCUCUACAAACUUUUCAACGAAGCAGACGCCAUUGAACAAUGGAUCGCAGAAAAGGAGAAAAUGCUGGGGCAGAUGUCAGUCGACAGUGGCCAAGACCUGGAAGACCUGGAAGUUCUGGGUCACCGCUUCGAGGGCUUCGAGCAAGAGAUGGUCGGAAACGGGCAGCGCUUGGCCCUGGUGCACCAACUAGCGAGACAACUCCUCCACGUCCAGCACCCGGACUCUCCAGACAUCCUGGCCCGCCAAGAGUCCCUGGACAGAAGGUGGUCUACCCUCAAGCAAGCUGCUGCCAUAAAGAAAGAAGAAAUAACUUCAGCUCGUGGUAUUCAGGGUUUCCACAUCGAGUGCAAAGAAACCAUUACGUGGAUCGAUGAGAAGAAGAAACUGUUGGAAUCGACAGAGGACCUGGGUGAUGACCUCGUGGGCAUCAUGACAUUGCAGAGGAGGCUCAGCGGGAUGGAACGUGACAUGGCCGCCAUUCACGUCAAGCUCGAAAAUCUGGAGAACGAAGCACAAAAGAACAAAAUUGAACAUCCAGAGGAAGCAGAAGCUAUUGACCGAAAUCUUGAGCAGAUGCGGGUUACCUGGGGAAAACUCACUAAUUUGCUUCGCGAGCGGGAUGCCCGUUUGGAAGAGGCAGGCGACUUGCAUCGUUUCCUGAGAGACCUGAACCACUUCCAGGCGUGGUUACAGAAGGCCCAGACUGACGUGGCGUCCGAGGAGGCGCCGUCCAGCCUGCAGGAGGCCGAGGAUCUGGCCAGGCGCCACGCCCAGAUCAGGGAGGAGGUGGACAACUACGCGGAGGACUACGCCUCCAUGAUGGAGUACGGAGAGAGGAUCACCAGGGACCAACAUGACCCCCAGUACAUGUUCCUCAGAGAGCGACUUCGUGCCCUUCAAGAUGGCUGGACGGAGCUGCUGCGCAUGUGGGAGAACCGGCAGGCUGUGCUUAGCCACAGCUUGGACUUGCAAGUGUUCCUGAGAGACGCCAAGCAGGCGGAAGUGCUGCUGAACCAGCAGGAGCAUCAACUGGCUAAGGACGAGACACCGGCGAACCUGGAGCAGGCCGAGUGCCUGGUGAAGCAGCACGAGACCUUCCUGACGACAAUGGAGGCCAACGACGAGAAGGUCAACGCGGUCAUCCUGUUUGCACAGAGGCUCUGCGAAGAGGGCAACUUCGCCGCCGACAAGAUACACAAAAAGGCAGAGAACAUGGCGCAGAGACGAAACGCCAACCACGCAAAAGCUGCUCAACGCAUGGAUAAAUUAAAAGACCAACUGCAGUUGCACCAUUUCUUGCAAGAUUGCAAAGAGCUCUCCGAGUGGACCCAGGAGAAGUGCAUAGAGGCCCAGGACGACACAUACCGUAGCGCCAAGACUGUGCACAGCAAGUGGACGCGUCACCAAGCCUUCGAAGCCGAAGUGGCAGCCAACAAGGAGCGUCUCAGGAAACUGCAACAAAAUGGUGAAGAGCUGGCUUCGGAGAAGCGGCAAUGGGCCCCCGUGAUUCGAGAACAACUUUCGGACUUGGAGCGGCAGUUCAGUGCGCUGGAGAACGCCACCAGGGACAAAGGGGAACGUCUCUUCGACGCCAACAGGCAGGUUCUGUAUAUGCAGACGUGCGAUGACAUCGACGGAUGGAUCACGGAGCUGGAGAACCAGGUCCUGGCGGCAGAGACGGGACAAGACCUCACCAGCGUCAACCUCAUUCUGCAAAAGCAACAGGCUGUGGAAACUCAGAUGGCGCUCAAAGCGAAGCAAGUGACGGAGCUCCAAAACCAGGCAGAGUACCUUGAGCACAUGGUGCCAGAGCAGACAGAUGAAAUUGAGUACAAGAAGGCGCACGUCGAGGACAGGUUCCGCAAGCUGCAAGACCCUCUACUGCGUCGACGUGAGGCCCUCCUGAAAAAGCGGGAGGCCUUCCAGUUCUGCAGAGAUGUCGAGGAUGAGAAGCUAUGGAUCCAGGAGAAGAUGCCCGUCGCCACCAGUUCGGAGUACGGAAACAGCCUUUACAGCGUCCAGAGGCUCAAGAAGAAAAACCAGAGUCUUCAGACAGAGAUAGACCACCACGAACCGCGCAUUGUCGCCAUCUGCGAGAACGGACAAAAACUCAUUGAUGAGAACCACGAGGAUGCCAGUAAGUUCAGACAGCUUAACGCCGAACUAAAGUGCCUCUGGUUGGAACUCAAGAACGCCCUCCAGUUCCGCAGGAUCAAACUCGAAGAGUCGGAGAAGGCUCAACAGUACUUCUUCGACGCCUCGGAGGCCGAGUCCUGGAUGAGCGAACAGGAACUGUACAUGAUGACGGACGAGCGAGGCAAGGACGAGACCAGUACCCAGAACCUCAUGAAGAAACACCAGAGCCUGGAGAACCAGGUGGACGACUAUCUGGACACUGUUCUGCAGCUGGGAGACGUAGUCAGCAUGCUAGUCGCAGCCAAACACCCUCUAAGUGAAGAGAUGCGCCAGCGGCAGACAGGCUUGGAGCGCCUCUACCGGGGCUUGAAGGAACUGGCUUCUGAGAGGCGAACCCGUCUGGAGGAGGCCUUGCAACUCUUCGCUCUCAACAGAGAAGUCGAUGACGUAAUGCAGUGGAUCGCCGAAAAGGAAGUGGUUGCUGGAUCGCAAGAGUUAGGACAGGAUUAUGAGCAUGUUACUAUGCUGCGGUCUCGUUUCAAGGAGUUCGCCAAGGAGACGGAGUCGACGGGCCGCGAGCGCGUGAGUGAGGUCAACGCGAAAGCGGAUCGUCUGAUUGGUGCAAGCCACGGGGAUGGCCCCACCGUCGCCGAAUGGAAAGACGCUCUGAACGAGGCCUGGACGGACCUCCUGGAGCUGAUCGAGACGCGGACGCAAAUGCUCAACGCCUCUUGGAGGCUGCAGAGGUUCUUCUACGACUGCUCAGACGUCCUGGGUCGCAUUCUGGAAAAGCAGAACGCUUUGCCACAAGAUUUGGGUAGGGAUGCUGUCAACGUGUCCAGCUUGCAGAGGAAGCAUGUGGGCUUCGAACACGACCUACAGACGCUGGACUCUUCCGUCCGUCAGAUCGAGGAGGACGCCUCCCGCUUCGGGACCCUGUACGCCGGCGAGCGGGCGGCGGAGAUCCGGGCGGCGGUGGACGAGGUGACGGCGGCGUGGCGGCGCCUCCUCUCCGCCUGCGAGGCGAGGCGCGGGAUGCUGGCGGACACGGGAGACCUCUUCCGCUUCCUCUCCAUGGUGAGGGACCUCAUGCUCUGGAUGGAGGACACCGUCCGCCUCAUGAACACCUCCGAGAAACCCAGGGACGUAUCGGGGGUGGAGUUGCUGAUGAACAACCACCAGAGCCUGAAGGCCGAGAUCGACACCAGGGAAGAGAACAUCUCCUCGUGUGUGAGGCUGGGGAAGGAACUGCUGGCCAGGAAUCACUACGCCUCCAACGAGAUCAAAGAAAAAUUGUUAACGCUGACUAACCAGAGAACUGUCAUGAUGGACCGUUGGGAAGAGCGUUGGGAACACCUCCAACUUAUUCUGGAGGUGUAUCAAUUUGCUCGGGAUGCUGCCGUGGCGGAGGCCUGGCUUAUCGCACAAGAGCCCUACUUACUCAGCCAAGAACUGGGGCAUAGUUUAGAUGAAGUGGAACAGCUGAUCAAGAAACACGAGGCCUUCGAGAAAUCUGCUGCUGCGCAGGAAGAGAGAUUCGCUGCCCUCGGCCGACUUACAACGUUGGAGCUGAAAGAACAGGAGAAACGAAUGAAAGUGGUGGACCCACAGGCCCUCUACGAACUGGAUGAACACAUGAAAAGGCAUUCAGGAUUCUACGAUGACUACGACCCAGAUCAGCCAGGAGAUAAAUCUCAGAAGCUUUCGGCGGAAGAGCAAGCCCGUUUGGAGAGAGAAAUGGACACAUCAGCCACGGAAACAGAUGCAACCUUCAGCGACGAGCCGUCCUUUUCCGAAAAAACUUCCAAAAAACCCGAAGCUCCCUCGCCGCCACCUGUGGGAUCCUACGAAGGCACCCUCAUGCGGAAACACGACCGGGAUUCAGAAGCGAAGAGGUCUUCUAACAGGUCCUGGGAAAAGGUGUACGUGGUGAUUGAGGAACACAAAUUGAAUAUCUACAAAGAUAGGAAACACUAUUUACAGGGCGUCCACUACCAUGGCGAACCGCCCCUUGACCUGAGGGGGUGCAAAGUUCUCGUGGCUACAGACUACACUAAGAAGCGAUACGUCUUCCGACUCACAUUUUCGGGUGGUGCUGUGUAUCUCUUCCAAGCCAAAGAUGAGGAGGAGAUGAACAGAUGGGUGAGUCAGCUGCAGAUGGCGUCUCUGUCUCUUCAGGAAUUGGUGGGGCCUUCAGGUCAAUCCCAGACUCUACCAAGGAGAGGAGAAGAGAGGAGGGAUGAGCAGAAGAGGAGGAGCCUCUUUUCCCUCAAGAAGAAAUAGAUAUCAGAAAGGGAUGAAGAUGAAAAUGGAGCCUCCAAAUCUGAACAAUCAGACUAUGUAUUUAAAACGUGCUCCUAAACCUUGUUCCAUGAUAAAACAGAUUCAUCAUAGACCCAACAGUUCAGUCAUAGACUCUAAAUGUGAGCUUACAUUUAUCUCUUUGUUGCUAACAUGGACACUAGCAAUAGUAUUCAAACAGAUAUGUAUCCACUAUGAAAACUAGUUUAACAGCUCUAUUUAAUCCGGGAAAAACCAGGGAAAAAACAUCUCAAACUGGCUCACCGAUUGGAAAAAUCUGCAAUUACUGCAAUUAAGACUGAAUUUGUCAUUGCGGGAAUGAAACAAUAGUGUAUCAUGCUUUUAAACACAGACAAAUGAGAAGAUUAAUCCAAGACAUUACAUUUCUUACGGGGAAAAAAAAUAAUUUUUUGCUUUGUUUAUAAUUUUUCUAUGUAAAGUUAACAAUAUGAAACCAAGACUCUAACAAGAAAUUUAUCACCUAGUACAUUUUGCAUAAAAACAAAUUUAGAUGUUUUGCAAAACUAGCAAAAACUAGACAAA